AUGAACUCGACACCACAGGAGGCGAACAAGGCCGUCAGGCUGACAUCUCGCACGAAGGAACUUCUCGCCAUCGAUUCUAAGUAUUCCGCAGGUGGCAUCUUUCCUCUUCCUGUAUUCAUCCAGAGUGGCCGAGGAUCUAUUCUGAAGGAUGCCGAUGGAAGAGAAAUCAUUGACUUUAUUUGCAUGCUCAGCGCGACAAACCUGGGCCAGUGUCAUCCAAAGCUCGUGGAGGCAGUGACAGCUUCCAUGAAUACCAUAACAUUGACCAACAUUGCAACAAAGGUCGGCGGUUGGGCGGAGUUUACUAGGGACAUGUGCGAACGAUUCGGAUACGAUAAGAUGGUAGGGAUGGUAUCUGGCACUGAGGGUGCUGAUGCUGCUGUCAAGUUUGCGCGUAAAUGGGGUAUAAAGGUCAAGGGAAUCAAGCCUACUGAGGUUCUGGUUCUCGGUGUCUCGGACAACUACCACGGUGUCGGCUCCGGGAUCUGGCCCAUUAUGAAUGAUAUGGGCCAGGCAGCAGACUACGGUGUAACCAAUUCAAACCUCAGAAACACAAACCCUGAAACGGGGAAGUUGCUGCGCUAUGGAAUGCUUGCAGACUUUGAGGAAGUUAUCGCUUCCACUCAUCAUCGUCUUGCAGCAGUGAUGAUGGAGUGCAUCCACGGCAAAAAAGCCGUGUUUGAAGAGGAACUGCAGUUCGCAAUCGGCGUCCGCAAACUAUGUAAAAAAUACAACGUACUAUUCAUUGCGGACGAAGUCCGGCAGGGUUCUGGAAAGACAGGAAAGUUUCUCUGCUCGGAUUGGAUGGGCCCAGAGAACAAGCCUGACAUGGUAGUGAUGGGCAAGUCUAUUACUGGUGGAGCCUACCCAGCUUCGUACGUCCUGGGCCCCAAUGAGGUUAUGAACCUCGUUGGGGGUUACGAGUCAGUGGCGACAUUUGGUAUGGCACCUGCAGCAAUUGCUGCGACCCGGGCUGCCCUCAAGAUCAUUGAUGAGGAAAAGCUGGUUGACAGAGCCCUUUGGAUCGGUAACAUCUGGAAGAAAGAGACGGCCGGCUGGAACUUCCCCUGGCUGGACUACGUCACCAACAGAGGUGCAGAUAUUGGUAUCUACCUCAAGCGCUCAGACAAUCCGCGGCUCACUACUCGACGAUUAAGUAUGCUGGCAUUGCAUAAAGGCAUUCUCACUUACCCUGACGGGGACCGUGUCAGAUUGGGUGUUGCGUUGAACAUACCCGAGUCAGACUUACGCAAAGGUAUUGCAAUAAUGGAGGAAUCCCUGGCUCAACUGGAUGACUACGAGAUUAUUGAGACCGGGCCACCUAUGAAGGGAGUAGUUCCUGACAUGUAG